UCCCCACCACCGCCGUGGCCCAUCAUUAGAAUUUGUGGCUCUGGGUACAUAUAUAGACGCCGGCAGGUUCCGUUGACGACGGGCACUAUAUGCUGCAUGGCCUGAACCAAGUGGGAGGCGGUGGAAAUAUUCUCUCAUCCUUGUCGAAAGAGAUGCUUUGCAUGGAAACUGAAAAGAAAGGCAUCAUGGUUGAGCUCUGAUCAAUGUUCAAUCCAUCUUGCGGCCCUGGUUCUUCAAUGCAGGUGCAAGGACGGGGGAGGACAUCCUUGUCGCCAGCAACUUGGAACUUUUAUGCUGCCUACUCUUCAACCCAACCACUUGCUUUUUCACCCCCUUUUCUUUAAACUUGUGGAUGCUGCGACCAUAACUUGGAACAAGAUUCUAGGCUUUCAAGAUCCUUGUCGGUAGACCAUGAAAACCAGGAAAGGAAAGCGUUCUGAGUUUUUUUGGCCAUCGAUUGUCAUGAGGAAGUGGCUCAACAUUAAGCCGAAGGUGUGUGAGUUCAGUGAAGAUGAGGCCGACACUGAGAGCGAAGAUGAUGACGCAAGAAACACUAGCUUGAACUCGUUCUUUGAAAUCGAGGGGAGUAAACAUGCAUACCCAACUCAAGCAUCAGGAACACAAACAAAAGGAACCUUGUCAAGACGUCAGAGAAGAAAAUCAGAAACUUUGCGUGUUCACUAUAUACGUAAAAAGGAUGUGAGGGUGAUGAUUGGAACAUGGAAUGUUGCCGGAAGGGUCCCAAUUGAGGAUCUUGAGCUUGAUGAAUGGCUAUGUACCAAAGAACCGGCUGAUGUAUAUAUUCUUGGUUUUCAAGAGGUGGUCCCUUUAAAUGCUGGGAAUGUAUUAGGACCUGAGGAUAAUAGGCCAAUUCCAAAAUGGGAGGCCAUUAUUAGAAGAACGCUAAACAAAUCUUUACAACCUAAGACAUUAUGCAAGAGUUUCAGUGCUCCUCUCUCACCGGUUUCAAGGUCUUCAGCUCCUGGUGUUGGGAGCAACAGGUCUGCUCAGCUUGCUGAUAAUGGUUCCUUCAAAGGAGAAAGUCCAAAGGAGCUAAUGAAGUUGGAGAUGGGGUUACAAUGGGACAGAGUUAAUGCUACCAAUGGUGCCAGUAAACUAGACUGGCCUGAAUGUGCACUAGAUACGCCAUCACAAGCUUUGACUUCUGGAUCAAAAUUGAGAAGAGUCUGGAGCAGCUCUCCAAGAAUUGGAUUUGAUUGGCUAGAGGAAUCUCAAAUUUGUGAGUCUCAUGAUUUAGCUGUGAAUGUUGGAUUAAAACGAGUUUACCAUAGCUCAGGGAACCUUGGAAUGCUGUGGUCAGAGCAGCAGGAGACAUCUGAUGUUCUUAAUUCAUUAAAUGAUGUUCCUGACAUGAUUUCUGAAGAGGAAGAUUCUUCCUCAGUAAACAUAACAGACAAACAUGAUGUCAAAAAUCAAGAAGAAUGUUUAAAACAUCGAGCUAGAUAUGUGCGCAUUGUCAGCAAACAGAUGGUUGGUAUUUAUAUUUCCAUUUGGGUGUGUCGAAGGCUAAGGAGACAUGUAAACAAUUUGAAGGUAUCUCAAGUUGGUGUUGGACUUAUGGGCUACAUGGGAAACAAGGGUUCGGUUUCUGUCAGCAUGUCUCUUUUCCAAACUCAGUUGUGCUUUGUGUGUUCUCAUCUGACAUCUGGCCAUAAGGUGGGGGAUCAACAUAAACGGAAUUCUGAUGUAUAUGAUAUCUUACAGCGCACUCGAUUUUCUUCUAUAUUAGAUGCUGAACAACCACAGACAAUUCCAUCACAUGACCGAAUUUUCUGGUUUGGAGACCUGAAUUAUCGUCUUAAUAUAUCGGAUGCUGAAGUAAGGGAACUUGUUGCUAUGGAAAGAUGGGAUGAACUGAUGAACUUUGAUCAGCUAAGCAAUGAGCUAAGAAAAGGGCACAUAUUUGAUGGAUGGAGAGAGGGGCAUAUUAAUUUUCCACCUACUUACAAGUAUGAGAUUAACUCAAAUAGAUAUGUUGGAGAAAAUGCUAGAGAAGGAGAGAAGAAGAGGUCCCCAGCAUGGUGCGAUCGUAUUCUUUGGUUAGGGAAGGGCAUCAGACAGUUUUCAUAUUGGAGGUCUGAGUUAAGUCUCUCAGAUCAUCGUCCUGUUAGCUCAAUCUUCUUGGUUGAAGUUGAAGUCUUUGACCAGCGAAAACUUGAAAGAGUUCUAAACUUUACUAGUGCUGGACAACAUUACACAGAAUGCUGUGAAGACAGUGGACUAAUGAUGCAACAUAGUAAUCAUUGAUACAAGGGAAAGCUUCUCCUCAGGGGCUGUCUUUUUGACAUGGGAAAGCCCUUAAUCCAUUCCAGAGCGCCUUAAACUUCAAACCUGACAAUUUUUAAUGCAUUCGAUGUGAUGUUCAUAAGACUGUUGGUCGAUACAUGUAAAGCACAUGGAGUGAAAACAGCAAGUUUCUUCUGACAGGUGUCUAGAUAUAGUUUGCACUCAAUGCUAAAUUAAUGCCAUGAAAAGGAGUACAGUUGAUCAACAUAAUAAUCAAUGAGGGGAUCAUCUAGUGAAGACAUAACUUCAGACUUCGAAGCAUUGAUCAAAAACAUCAUUCCCUUUGAGCGUGUCAAGCGUCUUCUGUAUGCAUUGUAUUUUUCUUUCUGAGGAAUGAUGAAUUUCUUGGAUUAAUAUAGAGAUAAUGAUGAGAAAUUUUCGUGUCGAGAGAUUUGACUUCUGCUCAACCUAUAUAUACAAUUGAGUGCAGGCUCCCCAGCCAAUAGUGGUUUUAAUA